AUGGCCCUAGUAGCCUACUCCGACUCCGAAGGCUCGGAUGCUGAGCCAGACACCACUCCGGCUAUCCCGACCGAAAAGACAAAAAAGUCAGAUUCUAGCGGCUUCCAAGUCGACCGCAGCAACCCGCGCAAGAUCCGCGUUGCGCUCCCCGAGAUCAAACCCGAAACCACAGCCGGCCAGGAUGGAGAGGACGGUCCAGCACGCAAAAAGCCACGAUUAGGUGGCGGAGGAGGUCUUUCAGGAUUCAACUCCUUUCUGCCAGCCCCGAAACGAGCAGCCGAGAAGAAAACACCGGUGGCGUCAACGCGCAAACCGUUCAGCCUCAAGACAGGUGCAGGCCCGGGAUUCGAUCGCACAGCCGAUGCAGAGACAAGGAACGAACAAGCUCUCAAUGAUCCAGCAGCAGAUGGAGAUGCCGAGGCCAUACCCGCAGCGGGCAGCCUCAACACCACUACACCUGACGCCCCGGAGACAAUGAAGAAGCCGGAUGAGGUCAAGUUGCAGGGUAAUCCUAUGAUGUUCAGACCGCUAUCAGUGGGACGGCCAAAGAAAAAUAAGAGCACCAAGGCGGCUCCGCAGCCGACAACUGGUCCAACGGCACCGAAGACUGCGCCUCUUCCUCAAGAGUCUGCACCACAAACCCCUGCUCCCGCAGCGCCAAAACCGAAAGUCAGCCUGUUCUCUCUAUCCUCGGAGGAGACUUCUCGGGCAGAUACACCACCAGGACCCUCAGCAACAUACGAGCCGCUGGUAUACAACGCCGAGGGUGACGCACCACCAGCCGGUCCUGCCGUGCCCGAAUCUACAUACGUCCCCCAAGACUACCCCCACACAGCAUCGUCCAAUCUUUCAUCUUUGGAUACAGUUGCCAACGAUCUCAAUCUAUCCAAGGCCGAACGGCGCCAACUCUUUGGGCGAAAUGCCAUGCCUUCGCAGUCACAAGUACGCACCUUCAAUACAGAUGAAGAGUACGCCUCGAACCAGGUGCUGGCUCAGGGAGAGCUGGCUGCAGCUCAGCACAACCCCGUACGCGCUAUUGCGCCUGGCAAGCACAGUCUCCAGCAAUUGGUCAAUGCGGCGAGCUCACAGAAGGAAGCGCUGGAGGAGAGCUUUGCAGCUGGCAGGAGGAACAAAAAGGAAGCUGGAUCCAAGUACGGAUGGUAG